UGGGCCUCCCUCUGGGCUUCUGGUUCGCUCCUUCCUCAAUAGUUGGCGGGAAAGUGGACUCAGGCUGGGUCUAGGCCCAGCCGUGUGCUUCCUCGUGGCCUCAGUCCGUCCUCCUACCUCUCUCACAGUAUUGGCGGCGGUAGCGGCAGCAGAUCGAUGGCGGGGCAGUUGGGCCAGGCUGGCAGGACCUCCCUCCUUCCCCCACGCAGCUCGCGCUUGCCCCCGGGUCUCUCCGGUCUCGGGGCCCUGGGCAGCCGGGUGACCUCGGUGCGACGGUGGCGCAGCAGCAGCCGCAGCAGGGAAGUUGACAGGUCCGAGGCUCAAGGCUCCACUCUCCGAGGGACUCCUCUCCCUCCUCAGGUCAAGCGCGGCGGUGAUGGCGAUAGCGGCGGCCGCGGCAGCAAAAAGGUCGGGGCUAUUACCCCCAACAACCACCUCUCUCUCCCUCUGCCCUCGAGGCCCCGGCGCGCCGUGAGGCGGGAAAUCCUGGGCAAGCGCGGCGGUGAUGGCGAUAGCGGCGGCCGCGGCAGCAAAAAGGUCGGGGCUAUUACCCCCAACGACCACCUCUCUCUCCCUCUGCCCUCGAGGCCCCGGCGCGCCGUGAGGCGGGAAAUCCUGGGCCUCGGGGCUUCGCUCAAUCAGCGGCCGAUGGGCGGACGGGUGUCCUGGAUUCCAACCCGCCGCGCUCGCAGGGGAGGGGGGGCUCCCGGAUGGUCCACUGGGCACCCCCGGCACCCACGCAACUGCAGCGGCGGUCACAGCGGCUCAGGAGCCGCUCAGGCAGCGCGAACUCACCGGCCGCCCUCAAGAGCUCCGUGGUGCCGUGGCGCGCGCCAUGAUGCCUCGCCCAGGACCAUGUCAAUUGAUUUUCUUUCCAUCUCCCUUGAGAAGAGGGGUUCCUGCCAAAUACAGUGGUACCUGGGGUUACAAAUGCCUCAGGUUACAAACUCCGCUCACCUGGAAGAGUUACCUCGAGUUGAGAAGUUUGCCCCAGGAUGAGAAUGGAAAUCACAGCGGCAGCAAGAGGCCCCAUUAGCAAAAGCACACCUCUAGUUCAGAACAGUUUCAGGUUAAUAACAGACUUCAGGAAACGAAUCAAGUUUGUAACUAGAGGUAACACUGUAUACCUCUACCUUUCUUUUGCUUAUCCCGAAAGGCAGAGACUGGUCAGUGCCAUGGACUCAAUAAUGUGUCUCAUUUUGCAUUCCACAAGUGUUUGCUCUUUGAUGCAAGAGAAGGGGAAAAGUUCCAUGACAGUCUGGAACUCAGAGAGGAGCCACUCAGAAGAUGGUGAUGAUAAGAUUGAACACUGCAUCCCACAGACCAACAUGAGAGAUCAGGCACAUCUCCCGGGGCUACGGCCAAGGAAUCCACUGAGGGUCCCUAAGAGGAAAGAGCCAUUGAAGACCUCUCAUGGCUCCCAGUCAAGCCGGAGCUACAGCCUACCCAGCGCCUUUGAACACUGGUCCCAAGAGUCCUGUGAUCAGGACAGAGAGCAAUGCACCAAGACUUAUGCAGUGACUAUGAAGGAGGUCUCCUUGAGAGCAAAGAGUGCCAGAAAUGCCUUCAUCACCAGCACUUACAAGAGUGUAUAAGGCACUCCUCUUCAGCCUUGCUUUUGAUGGAAACAACACAGGCAAGAAGGGGUGAGUGAAGAUAUACAUCAGGAACAGAGGAGGCAAAUAGAUAAAAAGCUGCAUUGGAUCAAAAUGGUCCAAUGGUCUGCAUCUCCUUGUGUGCAAGGAAUCUCAGGAAUGCCUUCAUAACCAGCAGCAGAUGCACUCCUCUUCAGCCUUGCUGUUGCUGGAAACGGCACAGGUCUCCGGCUCCUUCAACCCAGAUGCCUUUCCUUUCCUUGCCUCUCUUUUCCUAUUUAGCUUGGACUCCUUCCAUGCAGAGGGACCCAGGUGGCGCUGUGGUUAAACCACUGAGCCUAGGGCUUGCUGAUCAGAAGGUCGGCGGUUUGAAUCCCUGUGACGGGGUGAGCUCCCGUUGCUUGGUCCCAGCUCCUGCCAACCUAGCAGUUCGAAAGCACAUCAACCUUUCCCUCUUAGAGGGAGCUUUGGGGAUGUGACCUGCAGCAUUUCUUAUGCGUGGAAAUAAAAGCAGGAGCCUGUUGCUGUACAACUGUGGGCAAAUCAACUCUCCACCAGCAGAAGCCAUACCUGAGGCUCCCUAUGUUCCUGGCCAGAAAUAUUCAUGAAUUUUGUGAGCAGAAGCCUGGCGAUCCUUCUCUCCUUUGGUCCAUGGAUCUUCUCUUCCCUGGGUGAGUCCCUGGGUAAGAAAAGGAGAAUGCAUAGGGUGAAAAGCUUUAGGUUUGCUUGGUCAUGAAGGGGAAAGUAACUGACAAUGCUGCGGUCAACUGGAGAAUAUGCCAAUUCCGCCCAAGCGCCGUAGAAGAUGCCCAAAAAUUCCAACUCUCCAACACUCACAAGGAAAUUUACAUCAAAUCUAAAUCCUUAAACCUGUUCCUCACUUCCACUGUGCCAGUCAUUAACUAAUACAAAAUAAAUGUCAGAGGAAACACAGAAUUGGGGGAGCCAACCAAUGAGUAGGAAAAGAGGACUGGGGAUCUUGGUGGGACAGAGUCAAUUUCUUCUCUGAACUCUGUUUUAACGUAGCUCAGUUUAACACAAAAACAUUUUGCAAAGUUCUGAUUUUGUAAACUGCUUUGAGGUUUUAUGACAACCAAGAAGUAUUAAUCUUGUGAACUGAAAUAAAUGAAUUUUUGUUCCAUGUGAGGGGAAAUUCUACUUAUUUUUUGGAAUUUUUCCUUGGGACAAUUACACAAGACCAGAUAUUCCAAAAAUCGCAGCAUUGCAAACUUUAAAAAGAUUUAAGUGUUUAAUCAAUUGCUUUUUCAGACUUCACUAAAAAUGAUAAUGAUACUGUGAGGGACAGGGGAUAUCGCGAAGUCCCUCCCCUCCUGAGUUCCAGCCCAUCCCCGAGCGCAGGGGAAAGCAGGGAGAGUUCCGACUCAAGUGGGGAAGCAGGAAGUCGUGUCCGAGGCUCAGGCAAGGUAGCGGAGCCAUCGUCCCAGGUGGGACAGGAAGGGGGAAGCAAGGGGGGCAAGCCUAUCCCCCCAACUCCGGAAUUGCGCAGGAGGCGUCGGGGGAAGAGGCUGGGUCUCCCCAAGUUGUUAUGUUGGAGAAAGACGCGCCAAACGCCAUUCGGAGGUUCUGACUCAAGCGGUUAAGAUGUUCCUCUGUAAAUAGCACUGCCUUUAGCACUGUAAAUACACAGCACCAAAUAAAAGAUAAAAUGCAGAGCUGUGUGGAGUCGUUACUCUGAAGUAGCCCUUCAGACCCCUGUGACAGAUACUAAUUUUGUUUGUAUCUCUUCCCCCACCCCUCACCCCUCACCCCUCACUAGA